CUUUGGAGUUUUGCUGGCUCAGUUUCUUUGAGGUGUUAGUUCUAACACCAUCAUCUGAGCUAAGAGGUACACCAGACGCAACACAGGCAGUCGAUCAGAGGGGAAAAUUGAAGUGGAGACCAAGCAAAAAUUAAAAACAGGCGACCAAGCGGGAAGUUCAAAGAAUAUGACUGGGCGGGGAUCACGGUUUGCCUUAUUAGAAAGUGAGGAACAGGACAUUGAGGAGUAUGUGCCAGAAACUCAAAAUCUAGGGGUGCAAGGUCAAGCUGCUUGUUCUGCAAGAAAGGAGAAAGUAGUGGCUCAGGACAAUAAGAAGUUUAAAACGUCUCUUCAGAAAACUGCCAAAAUCUCCAACAGAGAUGCUCGACAGAAUAGGGCUAUAGAGAGUAAGCUUGUUGACGAACCCAUUAAAAUUGUAACCUCUGAGUCAACUCAAUUUAGGAAACAAACUGUUACAAGCAGACUACCUUCAAAAGAUGUCAAUAAUGAAGGACAGCUAACAGAACUAAGGAAGGUUUAUGUAGCUAACUCCACAGAACUCAUUGAACAGGAAGCAUUUCCUAUUGACGAUAUGUCAAAUGGGGGCCAUCAUAAUAUGAUAGGAGUAGGUUUCAAUGGAGAUGCCAGGGAAAGAAGCUCUAACCAAGGAAAUGGAACAAGACCUCUGCCUGGAGAUCCCGGUUCUGAGACAGAGAACAUGAAGAUUGAUGAGAAUUUAGAUGAAAUGCGGACUUGAGCUCGCAUCUAUCUCUUUGCUCAAGUUAAUCUAGUUUCCAAUGUUUAAUUUUUGCAGUUGGAAUGUGAGAGGUGCAGCAUCUCGAAGAGCGGUGAGAAAUAUAAAAAAUUUGAUCAAAAUGCAUAAUAUACAGCUGCUGAUAAUUUUAGAGCCACGUAUUGUCGGAGUUAAAGCUAACAAUAUCUAUCGUCAACUUGGUUUUUCUAAAUACUUCCAAGUCGAAGCAGAUGGGUUUGUAGGGGGUCUAUGGAUGUUGUGGAAUGCAGAGCAUGUCCCCAGUUAAAAUUUUA